CGGCACGUGCAAUUUGCGAGUCUCUGGGACAAAGCCGCGCAAGCAUAGAAGAUAAGCUCGACGGUCUAGGGUAUGGCCUUAACCAGGCUUACCUACUCUUUGGUGGAGCUCUCGUAUUUGUUAUGCAUGGAGGCUUCGCGAUGCUUGCUGCAGGGGCCAUUCGAUCAAAGAAUGCGGUCAACAUCCUGCUUCAAACGUUGAUGGAUGCCUGCGCGUCAGCAAUCAUGUGGUACCUCAUUGGGUUUGGAUUUGCUUACGGUAUUGGUGACAAGCCUAACCGUUUCAUUGGCGACGCUCUGUUUGGUCUCGCAAGGGCUAAGACCCACAACACUGGCAGCGGCA